CCCUAGCGGUUAGCAAACGGUAAGCAUCGAAGUAAGUGGAGAGAUUGAGAAGUGAAAAGGCAGGGAGGCCGUGGUACAUCGGCGUCUCCUAUACCAGAUCUGCAGUGGCUACGGCUGGGAUGUGUGCUGUGCCUUCAAGAUGAGUGUGAAGGCGUUUGAGCUGGUCCCUGCCGUGGAGCGGGAGCUCCUGAUGGGAGACAAGGCCCGCAUCAAUAUUGAGUGCAUUGAGUGCUGCGGCAAGCACCUGUACGUGGGCACCAACGACUGCUUCAUACAUCACUUCCUCCUGGAGGAGCAUGCCACGGCCAAGGGGAUGCUAUCCUACUCUGUCCAAAAGCUGCUGUUCAAGUACCUGGGCCUGAAGAAGCCUGUGGAGGCCCUGAAGGCCGCGUCAGCGUUAGAACGCAUCAUUGUGCUCUGUGAUGCUACGGUUAGUGUUGUUGACAUGAUUACCUUAGAACCCGUGCCCUUGGGCGGGGCCAAGAUUAAGGGCGUGGCCGCAUUCUGCGUCAACGAGAACCCGGUGAACGGGGACCCGUUCUGUGUGGAGAUCGGGGUGAUCUCGGCCCGGCGGCGCACCGUGCAGAUAUAUAUGGUGUAUGAGGACAGGGUGCAGUUGGUGAAAGAGGUCAACACGCCCGAGCAGCCAUGUGCGGUCAGUCUGGACGGUUACUUCCUGUGCCUGGCCCUCUCCACGCAGUACAUGAUCCUCAACUACAGCACAGGGGCUGCGCAGGACCUGUUCCCCUACGACAGCGAGGAGAGGAAGCCCAUCGUCAAGAGGAUCGGUAGGGAGGAGUUCCUCUUGGCUGCCCCCGGUGGCUUGGGUAUGUUUGCCAAUGCGGAGGGUGUAUCCCAGCGUGCCCCAGUGAACUGGUCGGAGAGUGUGAUGGGAGCGGCGGUGUGUUUUCCCUAUGUGGUGGCGCUAGACGAGGGCUUCGUCACCGUCCAUAGUAUGCUGGACCAACAGCUCAAACAGACCCUCUCCUUCAGAGACGGACACAUCCUACAGGACUUUGAAGGUAAGGUGGUUCUGGCCUCCACUAAGGCUGUGUACGUGCUGGUGCCCCUACCUCUGGAGAGACAGAUCCAGGACCUGCUAGCUGGACACAGAGUGGAGGAGGCCCUCACCCUUACAGAGGGAGCCAGGAGAAACAUUCCGAAAGACAAGUUCCAGAUAUUGCACAAAAGAAUCCUCCAGCAAGCAGGAUUCAUACAGUUUGGGCAGCUUCAGUUUUUAGAAGCGAAAGAACACUUCAGGACGGGUCAGUUGGACAUCCGGGAGUUGAUCUCCCUCUACCCUCUCCUCCUCCCGGCCUCCUCCUCAUUCACCCGCUGCCACCCGCCGCUCCACGAGUUUGCCGAUCUCAACCACCUGGCGCAGGGGGACCAGGAGAAGGUCCAGAGGUGCAAGAGGUUUCUCAUCACGUACCUUGGCGAGGUGCGGAGCACGGAGGAGGCUAACGGCUGCCGGGAGGAUGUGGACACGGCUCUGUUGAAGCUGUACGCUGAGCAGGACCACGAGAGUCUUCUGGACCUGCUGGCCUCCCCCAACGCCUGUCUACUGGCAGACAGCACCCCCUGGCUAGAGAAACACCACAAGUAUUUUGCACUAGGCCUCCUCUACCAUUAUAACGGACAGGAUUCAGCUGCUCUACAGUUGUGGGUGCGGGUAGUGAACGGGGACCUUCAGGACUCUACCAGGUCUGAUCUGUAUGAGUACAUUGUGGACUUCCUGAGUUUCUGCUCCAACCUGGACCUGGUGUGGAAAUAUGCAGACUGGGCCCUGCAGAGAGACCAGACAAUAGGGGUGCAGGUCUUCACCAAGCGGCCGCUGGGUUUGGGUAAGGACCAGGUUAAGGAGCAGAAGGGCCAGGUGAACCCAGACGACGUCAUCACGUACCUGGGGAAACACAGCCAGGCUCUGCUGCUCUACCUGGAACACCUGGUGCUGGACCGACAGAUACAGAAAGAGAAGCUCCACACCCACCUGGCAGUGCAGUAUACAGACAGAGUCCUGUCUCUCCUGUCUCAGUCCCCCACAGUGGACCAACAGGUGUCUGCAGCAAGGGACAAACUACAGCUCCUCCUCAGGGAGUCCAGCCUGUACCGCGUCCAACUACUACUGGGUAAGAUCCAGGAGUGUGACCAGCUGUUACUGGAGAGAGCCACGCUCCACGGGAAGCUAGAGGAGCACGAUAAGGCGUUACACAUCCUGGUGCACCAGCUCAAAGACUUCCCCGCUGCCGAGGCCUACUGCGUGUGGGGUUCCGCCUCCCGGGACCCGGCCUACCAGCAGCGCCUCUUCCACCUCCUUCUGGGGGUCUAUCUGGACCGGGACCUUCCCAGUAGAAACAGGGCCGGUAACGGUGGUAGUACCGGGGAGCUGGAGAUGGCGGCGGUGGAUCUGUUAAACCGGCACGGGGAGGUGUUUGACGCGGUGCGCGUGCUGGACCUGCUCCCUGAAGGGUGGUCCCUGCAGCUGCUCCGCCCCUUCCUCGGACGCGCCCUGCGGGGGAGUAUGCACGCCUGCCGCACCUCCCAGGUUGCACUGGGGCUGGCGAGGUCCGAGAACCUACAGCUGCAGCACGACAGGUUGAAGCAGAGGAGAAGUCCAGUCCUGGUGUCAGAGAAGAAGGGGUGUGUUCUGUGCCACAACACCUUCAGCGAGCCGGACUGUGUGUGUCUGCCAGGGGGGGUGCCCGUACACACACACUGUGCCGCCCAGAGGGUGGUACGAGACUCGCCCACCAAGAGACAACUAGCCAAUAGCAGCAACCACACAUGAAGCCCCUCCCACCACCACCCAAGCCCCGCCCAGAGCCAAUGUGGUGGG